AACUUGCAGCAGUAUGUAGCCCUUAUUCAAGCACAGGUUGAGCAUUUUCCUACAUAGCUUGUCAUUGCUCAACUUUAUCGUGGACUGGCUCUGUCACUUGUCACCUGUCUUUCUGCUUCCCUCAGGAGCUGACUUCUGUUCUGUUCACCUUCUCACCUGAGCCCCUUUAUUUUAACUUCCUGUCACUCCAUUACAUUCUGAACUGCUUUCAUGGCUUUCUAUGGAUCCAAUGACCCCCCAAGCCGGCGUGGUAGCUUCUCCAGUUUGUCUGGAUCCCUGACCCCUUCCCGACUCCCCUCCCUGCGUGGGAUUGAUCCACUUGUCCUGCGGGCUGGGAUGGACAACUUGCUGCCCUCUGCUCGCUCUGGCAUAGACUCUCUGCUCAACAAUAAUAACCAAGAGGUGAUGCAGGGGCUGAACGAGCGGUUAGCUGGGUACCUUCAGAGAGUCCGCUGCUUGGAAGAGGAGAACCGAAAGCUGCAGGAUGAGAUUGACAAGAUCAAUGCCAGGAAGAGCCAAGCCACCCGAGACUGGGAUGCCUACCAAGACCCUUUACACCAGCUGCGCAAACAGGUAGAAGUCUUGAAUAUGGACAAUGCCAAACUCCUCCUGCAGAUUGAUAAUGCCAGACUGGCCGCAGAUGACUUUAAAGUGAAGAUAGAGACUGAACAGAGUAUUGCUGAUGGGGUGCAGAAUGACACCCAAGGUUUGCGCAAGAUGACAGACGACACCAACUUCCUGCGUAUGAAGCUGGAGGGAGAGUUGGAAAUGCUAAAAGAAGAGCUGGCGCACCUUAAAAAGAACCACAAGGAGGAGGUGGCAUCCCUGCAAGCGCUGAUUGGAAAUAACAAUGUGAAGGUGGAGGUAGAGGGACCAAAAAAGUCUGACCUGAAUGAGAGUGUUGCCCAGAUCCGCAGUCAGUAUGAGAAGCUGGCUGAGCAGAAUCGAGCAGAUGCUGAGGCAGCUUAUAAGAAAAAGCUUAAUACCAUGUCCCAGGAAGAAAAUACUAACAACAAAGCACUGGACCAAGCCAAGAACGAGGUGGCUGAUCUGCGGCGGCAGCUUCAAGGCCUGGAAAUAGAGCGUCAGACUCUCGAAAAAACAGUGGACUCCUUGCAAAACGCCCUGAGGGACACAGAGAACCAUUACGGUUCCAACUUGAUGGACCUAAACCAACACAUCUCCAGACUGCAGGAGGAACUGUCAGCCUGUCGAUUGGACAUAGAGCGCCAAGUGCGAGACUAUGAGGCCCUGUUGAACCUGAAGUCCAAACUGGAGAAUGAAAUUCAUGAGUAUCGUACUCUGCUGGAUGGAUUCCUAGACAAAGAGGAGCAGCCUGACCCGUCAAUGGAAAACGGAACAAAGUGAAGAACCAGUUAAUAAGCACAGUUGAAGUCAGAAGGGAAGUGAAAAGGGAAAGUUGUCCCCUCAUUGUGGUACACAUAAAAAAUGUUGAUGUUUUCAUUCCCCUUGUCCCACCAAUCAAUGUGAUUUGUUUUAAAGCAACACACCGCACUCUGUCCUGCAGAAUCUUCCAGCACUUAAUAAAGCUCUAUGUCUAAA